AACAUAAAAGGACAAUAAAAAAAAAUAAAUGAACGGAUGGAAUAUUAUAAAUAUGUCCCAAAAAGAUUCUUCAAAUUAAUAGAAAUAUAAAUGGAUAGAUGAUAUCGUAUUCCUUAACACUGUCCCAUAAUUAUCUAUCUUGAUCCUUUUCUUUUUAUGUAAAAAUUUCCUAAAAUAAUGGAUUCCAUAAUCCUAAUUAAUCUCAAUGACUUAGGCUAGGAAUACUCCUCAAAUUUCAAGGUUCCUUCCUAAUUCACAACCCAUUUGCCCAAAAUUUCCAAAACCCCUGUUUUCAAAAAACCCUAAUUUCUGUAUCUUUUUAACAAUCGAUGAAGAAAUUCAGAGUCUUUUGCACAGACCCAGAUGCAACAGAUUCAUCUUCAAGCGAUGAAGAUGAGAAAAUUGGUGAAAAACCUGCGAAAAAGAAGCGAUUUGUAAGAGAGGUGACCGUUGGAAGCGGCGAAGAAGCGCCGGAAAAACUCGUGAUUGACGGAAUUCCGGAGGAGGAGACGCCGGGAAAGGCGGUGAAGUACCGGGGAGUGCGACGGCGGAAGUGGGGUCGGUACGCUGCUGAAAUUCGAGACCCAAUUAACAAGGUGAGAAUUUGGUUAGGUACUUUUGAUACUGCUAAAGAAGCUUAUGAAGUUUAUUAUAUGAAGAAGCUUGAAUUUGAUGCUUUAAAAACUAUGGAAAAGUCUAUUUCUGUUGAAUUGAAAUCUGAUGAUUUAGUGGAUUCUAGGGUUAAAGAGGGUAAGGGUGAAAUUGGGGUAAAAGAGGGUGUUGAUGUUGAUGUUGGUAUUGAGUUGCCUGUUGAUGUUAAGAAGAUUAGUUCAGGGAAGUGGUCUGCUAGGAUUACGCACCCGAAAACUGGGGCUAAAAUUUGGCUUGGAACUUUUGAUUCUGCUGAAGAAGCUUUUAGGGUGUAUAAGAUGAAAGAGGUGGAGUUUGAGGAGAGGUUCAAGGGUAAGGAGGUUCGUCGAGGCGAGGGGUUUGAGAGUAAGAAGGUGUGUUCUGUUGUUAGGGAGUUGGAGUAUGGAAGGUUUGAGGCUCGAGUUUGGCACCCGAAAAUGAGGAGUUAUGUUUUUGUGGGUGUUUAUGAUAGUCGUGAUCGUGCUGAAAUUGCUGCUAAGAUGAAGAAGGGUCAGUUUAAGAAGAGGUAUAGGUCUUUGAAGAGGAUUACAUCGAAUAAGCAUAAGAGUGGUGAUUGGCCUCUGAGAGUAGGGUGUGAGUCUGGAAGUUCAAGUGAAAACCCGAGUAAUGGGGUUGGUUGUGUUGGACGGGAGAUUGUUGUUGGAUUGGCUGCUCCUAUGUUGCCUAGUGAAGAUGAUGCUAUGAAACAACGAGCUACUAAUUCUGAGUUUGUUAAGGCCGGUGAUGGUGAAGAAGUUGGAGAUGUGGAUUUGCCUGCUGGUGUUAAGUUGACAAAAUCGGGUCGAUUUGGUGUUCGUGUCACUCAUCCAGGGACGGGGACUGAACAUUGGUUGCGUUCUUAUGGAACCCUUGAAGAAGCAUUGAAAGCUUUUCAUAGGAAAACAGCUGAGUUUCAGGAGGAGUUUAAGUCUCGGAAGAGGGUAAGACCUGAUGAACUGAUUAAUUUCCCUAAGAAGAGUGAAGGCAGGUUUCUUAAUGGCUCUCGUACUUCAGUUUUCGUGGAUGUGGAAGAUGAUGAGAGCAGUGGAACUGUCAGUGUUAUGGUGAAGAAUGAAGUGGUUCAUGAUCCAAUGGAACUUGAAUAUGGAAUAGUUCAUGGUUCGCCUACUUCAGUUCUUGAGGUUGAGUCGGUCAACUGUGGGGAUGUCAGUGUUAAAGAAAGCAAGGGAAGUGACAUUAGCUCUGAGAAUCAGAAGCAACCCUUUGUGCCUUUCAGUUCUUUUGAUGAAGCAGUAAGGUUGGGCAUUAUGAACGAAUAUGGAGAACUUCUCGGUGAAUACAGUAAGUAUGAUGAACCGGUGUGGCUAAGCAACGAUGAUGAAGUUGGGGACACCACAUACUACUUUUGAGGACCGACAGUUGCAUGCUGCACCAUUGAACUGUUGUAUUUUAAUUUCGAGAAUAAGUUCUGGAGCCCCCAUUAGGGAAAAGAAUGCUUGGUGAAUUCCUCGCAGGUUCAGAUGAUACAGUUGUUUCCGUUGGAGAGAGAUGUCGGUUUUGGUACUUGGUACCUUCGCCUUGUUGUACAUAUUUAGGAAUUUCCUGAUAUACUAUUAGCCUAUAUUAUUAUUAGGAGUUUAGGAGUCUUAUGGCAAAUCUGCAAUGCUUGUUCUCUCUUCAACUGUGUGUACUUUUGGUGAUUGAAUUGACGUUGUUAGGAUUGUGUUAAUGUAAACCAGUUUUUUCGGUUUCGUUGAUGCCAAUAUGCUUAAUUAAUCAAUAGGAUUGAUGUUAUCUAAA